ACAUCCCUAUGCAGUCAGAGAAACACGACAAUUCUAACACAUACAAGUUUAUACAACGAGGUGAACGCUGACGAGUUUUUACAUUUUUUUACUGAUGCACCUAAUUGAGAUUUCAUUCACAGCACUGGACCUCCACUCAUAGAUGUCCUUAGCCAAGAAACACACGAAGCAGGGUUCACAAAAUCGCGCACAUGGACCCCGAAUUCCUUCACAUCUGCACUUAUUACUCGGUCUCGUCAGCCUGUGAUGAUUCCUCCGUUUCACUGAUGCCUGUAAUUGAGCAUCACACCACAACCUACGCGAACACAACGCGCGUAGAUGUUAAGCUUAAACGAAUCGGAAACGAUUGGACACACAAGCAGAAGACAACUUGAACCAAGGUUCGGACCAGCAUGCACCUAAAAUGUUAACACGAUCACGCAAUCAUUCACGCAAGCUCUCUUUUGCGAAAACAAAAUGCAAGAAAGCGGUAAAGCGUCUCACCUGGCUUUGCACCCACACAAUGACACGCAAGGAGACGCAAAGCCUCACACGCUUACCCCCAGCACAAUCGCGCAAUCCGCUCUCGCAAAACACACUCACCGCGUUUAUUAAUAUGCGAUGCUCGCGUUCAGAGACUACAGCACACACACUCGCAUGCACACCUGCCUCUGCACACCCACGCAGACACACACACACACACCCUGCGGAGCCAGACGGCGCGCGUGACGGGCGCACUCCACAUUCUCUCAUCGGUCAGUCCAGUUCUCACUCAAUCAGUAGCGCGGCAGCAGGCGUGCCGCUCGAAACGCGUGCCGGAGCAGGAAGGCGUCUCCCGAUUCCUGUAGGGCAACCUGCCAUCGGUGCCUCGACACCUGGAGGGAGAACGAUAGCAGCGACAGCGGCAUCAGCCUGUAAAAGCACCACGGAGAGAUCAGGAUACCGCGACAGCAGGACCGUCGAGCCCAUUGUCAUCUUUGUGACGGCUAGAGUACGCUGAGAAACUUUUUACAAAGAGCAGGUGAGCAUUAAAAGGAAAGUUUUCCUAAUUGUUUCACGUCAUUUUCACCUGCUGUCAUAAUUCGUUUGGGCUUAUUGUUGAUGUAUCGUUAACAUUAUUGUAAUGAUAUUCGUGUUCAGACGGACAACAAAAAAUCCUCGAAAAAUAAAACGGAUAAUACGCACGCAUAUCGAUGGAGUGGCGACCAGUCCGUGGAAGCUUCUCACUCGCGAUCGGUGUCGACGCCUAGACAGCCGGCAUUUCACGCCUAGUCUGGCAGCAUAGUACCCAAGGCAGGAACCAUCCCCAAUGAACGCACACAUCAAUACACGAACUGAGCCACGGGAAUACCGGAAUACUCGGGGAGAAACUCAAGGAAACACGGAGAACGGGAACGGGGAUCUGUGAGUGCCGCGGCUCGCACCACUGUGCCACCCUUAUAUAACUGAAGUUUGAGGAACGAUAGCGAGUACUCAUUUUAUUAUGUCAUGUAAUAUUUUUAACGAGGAGUUUGCAAGACGACAUAAUGACACUAUCAUUAAAAUUAAAACUUAACUAAAUUUUAUUUAUUAUUGAUUUUAUUUAUAAGACACGCCCAACAUCAGGACGGACGAUACGGUCACAAAUGUAAAACACCGCAACUUUUUAAAUGGUUCUCCUGACAUAGUGACGGCAUUCCUCAUAUUCCUUUCCAACACAGUACUCUAAACUGACCUCCAGGAAAUUGGCGACACUUCCAUAUUACUAAAUGCACUCUCAUUCCCACAUUUUCUAUACCCAUUUCAUCCACUUCAUGGUCAUAUCAACUGAAACAUAUACUUGCUGAACUGGGUAAAAGGACAGAUCACCACCAAAUCCAGUGUCAAUCUAUUGCAAGGACCACCACCCUUGUUAAUACAACAAUUUAGAAGAAUCAGAUGUGAUGCCUCUGCUGCUUUCUUGCAAUGUGAUCGACAGUCACUGAUGCCACCUUCUCCUUGAGGAGGUGCAGUUUAAUGCAAUAACAAUGGAACUCUUCCCAGAACUUUACCACCCCAUAACAAACUCUCCCUGGCUUUAUAAUGCCCACGGUGGAGCUGACCACAGUCCCAAUUCCACAAGUGAUUACUAUCCAUUUGGCAAUGAAACCUUCCUAAAUGCAACCGAGAUACCCUUUUCCAGCUCAAGUCUUAGCAUAAGCAGGAUAUUGUUACCCAUGAUCUAUUUUACCGUCUGCAUUAUUGGUUUAGGAGGCAACACUCUUGUCAUUCACAUCAUUUUGCGCUACUCUAAGACCGAAUCGGUCACUAACAUCUACAUCCUCAAUUUGGCAAUUGCAGAUGAGCUCUUCAUGCUUGGACUCCCAUUUCUGGCUGUUCAGAAUGCCCUCUCCUCUUGGCCCUUUGGUUCACUCAUGUGCCGCCUCGUUAUGACAGUUGAUGGGAUUAACCAGUUCACUAGCAUAUUUUGUCUGACUGUAAUGAGCAUCGACAGGUUUUUAGCUGUCGUCCAUCCCAUUCGGUCUUCAAAGUGGAGAAAGCCUCAGGUUGCCAAGGCUGUGAAUUGCACAGUCUGGGCAGUGUCCUUCAUGGUGGUCCUACCUGUGGUGAUUUUUGCUGACGUCCCAGAGAAAGGGGGCAUCUGUAACAUAGACUGGCCGCCUCCGGCUAAUAUCUGGAGAGCAGCUUUCAUCAUCUACACGUCCACCUUGGGCUUUUUUGGGCCACUUUUGGUCAUCUGCCUUUGUUACUUGUUGAUAGUUUUCAAAAUCAGAAGCUCAGGAAAGAAGGUGCGGGCCACUUCCACCAAGCGUAAGAAGUCAGAGAGGAAGGUGACUCGGAUGGUGGUGAUUGUGGUGGCCGUUUUUGUUUUCUGCUGGUUGCCUUUUUAUGCCCUCAACAUCAUUAACCUUGUGGUAGCUUUGCCUGGAGAACCUGAAGGACUCUACUUUUUUGUGGUGGUCUUAUCCUAUGCUAACAGCUGCGCUAACCCCAUCGUCUACGGUUUCCUCUCAGAUAACUUCAAAAGGGGAUUCCGCAGAGCACUCUGCCGGUCGUCCCGCAAGGUUGAAAAUCAAGAAAUCGCUCAUCAGCAACACCAGUUGCAUCUGAAUCCAGAGGCAACACUUGAGACUCAAGUGCAUGAUGGCAUGGACGAAGGGGAGGCGACAGAAAUGUGUAAAAUUAUUCCCGUUGCCCAGAAUGGCAAUGGAAAUAGGGCAGAAGGCUUGUUACGUCAUCACCACCCAGGCAGUCCAGGAGUGUCUGGACUGGCCUUGGUCUCAGGGGCAGUGACAUCUCUGGAUUCUAAAAGUCAGUGGAUUCCAGGAGAGAGCAAUGGAAAAGUGCCAGCAGUGUCUGGGACAACAGGGACUCCAUCUUCUGGAGCUGCAAUGGCCGCGCCAGUUCUUCUUAAUGGAAGUAAAAAUGGAAGUGCCAUACCCUUGUUAGAGGACCUCCCAGCAGGAGAAAAGAAUACUCUUCUGGAAAUUAGUUACUUGUAAAAAUCACAAUACAUCCAGUAUAAUUUAGACAGAAGUCAGUAGUAUAGUACCAGCAAAGUCUCAAUUGCAGAAAUUGCAGAUCCUGUCACAGUUGUAUGGCAGCAAUGGACAGAAGCUUCAGCUUACCCUGUGUAAAAACUGACAACUCUUUUCACCCGAUCAGGCUUCUGAUAUUUUUGCUAACCGAAAUCAAUUGUGUACACCGCUGAAAAAGGUUGUGAAAUGGGUUUAACAACUAAAAGCAUAUUAUAUUUAUGUAUGCAGACCACAUAUACAAACCAAACAUAUACUGAAACUUCAGGCCCCAAGGCUUCUAAGCGAGAUCCCUGAAUAACUUCCAGUGAAACGCAAUGAACUACUGCCAGGAAUCCAGACAUUAUAUUAAAGUCUGCCUUGAGGCUGCAGGUAUGGAGUUCUCUCUAGCACCACUAGCCCAGCAAAGCAUGAUGGGGGUCUAACAAUGGCCUUCUGUUGAC